CAGCUGAGAUGACGCGAAGUCGCAUUUGAUUCACCAGCACACGCAACCCAUCAUAUUCGCUGAUCUGGUGUCUCGUUGCUCAGCAGACCGAACAAACGCAUCAUAUAAGAUGGCUGCCUGUGCCCGUCAAGGCAGUCCAGGAACCAAGCAACAAACUCGACAGGCCCGAUUGUCUACCAAAAGCACUCUUGCUACAUUGCCAACAUGGCCGAAUCCGCGCUGAACUUUGCAUUUCCAAGCAAUGCCUCGUCUCCAACACCGUUCACGAUCCAGGUGGACCAGGGCUUUGUGGACGAAAGCACCUUGAAAGCCAGCCUGUACCGACCCUCCAUCGACAUCCUCGACGACAGCAACGACAACUGGCUCGAAGGUCCCCCGAGCGCCAACAUGACAGCCCUUGCUGACUACUGGGCCAACGAGUACGACUGGACCACUCAGCAAGACUACAUCAAUGGCAACCACUCCCACUUUGCCAUCACGGUACCCGAGACUCCCGCUUGGCCGCAUGAAGUGCCGCUGCACUUCAUCCACGAGCGCGCCAAUGAUGAAGAAGCUCUUCCCUUGUUGCUGCUCCAUGGGUGGCCCUCCACCUCCAUGGAAUGGCACAAGGUCAUCGGUCCCCUCGUGUCCCCGGACAAUGCCUCUUUCGCAGGUCACCAUGUAGUCGCCCCAGAUCUCCCUGGAUUUGGCUUCAGCCCCGCCGUUACACACGCUGGAUUCGAUGCCAAAGCCAUCGCCGGUGUGAUGGACGACUUGAUGGGGCGGCUCGGCUACGACCGCUACGGCAUUGUGUCCACGGACUUGGGCUGGUGGGUCACAAUGAAGAUGCUCGAGGUGGUCCGGUCUGGUCGCAUCGUCGGUCAUUUCUGCGACUUCUUCCUCGUCCAGGCGACCGCGGAGGACACGGAGAGAUACAUGAAGAACCAGACCACGCCCGAGGAAACACGUUACAUGGCCAGCAGCAUGGAGUGGUACGCCCAACACACGGGGUACCAAUAUGUGCAACAGCUACAGCCACUUGCUGUCGGUCAGGCCUUCUCAGACUCACCCGUGGGAUUCGCGGGCUGGGUUUGGCACCUCCUUGAGAGCGUCAGCGACGGCUACCCAUACAGUUUCGACGAGAUUAUCACGACGGCCUUGUCCCUAUUCGUGCAGGGGACGUACGGGAAUCUGCGGUACUACAAGUAUGCCUUGGACCCUGCCGCAUUUGUGCUGGAACGUACCAACGUGCCGACGGGCGUCUCGCAAUGGGGCUUGGGGUCGCCUGGUUCCAAAUUCCCGGGGAUUGCGGAUCUCAACUUUGCUCCCCGAAGUUGGUUGGAAAGGAUGGCGAACAUUCGCGAGGUAUAUCGCCACCCCAGUGGCGGCCACUUUCCAGCUCUAAGUGAGCCAUCGUCUUGGGCUGCAGACGUCUUGCACUUCUUCCAGACCUGUAUAUAAGUCUAGGCGUAUAGGCCCUUAAUACAUAGAUGCGGUGAUAUAGCACCAGGCCUGUGCCGUUCCGUCUUGGUUCCCCACACGGCAGUUGGAUGAACCUGGAGCUCCCCCAGUUCUGAUUCCCCGUUUGGGCAGGUUCCGCCGCAGAAAUGCAUUCAAUUGGAGAGGCUAUCGUGGAGUGCAGGAUUGUCCUCGGAGCGUACAGCGG